GAUCUUGGUGCCUUUUCUCUAUUUCCCCUGCUCCUGUCCUCUUGAUAUGGGGUGUGGAGUGAGCAGCAAAGUGCUCCCAGAGACUAUGGAGCCUCCCUUGAAACAGAAAAACCCUUAUUAUGUGAAGUUGAUACGUGCUGUAAUCCCAGUCCAGUUUUGUAAGGAGCCAGAACCCUGCAAGGGAGAAUUUUGGGGACUUCAAGAGGAACCCAGAAAAGACAAAGAAUUACAAGCGAAGAAAAACCAAGUUGCCCGUUAUCGAGCCAAGUUCGAUCCCAGAGUAACUGCCAGAUAUGAUAUCAAGGCUCUCAUUGGCAGGGGCAGUUUCAGCAGAGUUGUGAGGGUUGAGCACAGAGCCACUCGACAGCCGUUUGCCAUAAAAAUGAUUGAAACAAGAGCAAAGGAAGGAAAAGAAGUCUGUGAAUCUGAACUAAACAUCCUUAGAAGAGUUAGUCAUCAUAACAUUAUUCAACUUAUUGAAGUGUUUGAAGCUCAGGACAGAGUUUACAUGGUUAUGGAACUGGCGACUGGCGGAGAGUUAUUUGACCGAAUCAUUGCUAAAGGUUCCUUUACGGAGAGGGAUGCAACCAAGGUUCUACAGAUGGUCUUAGAUGGCAUAAACUAUCUUCAUGGAUUGGGCAUAACACAUAGAGAUUUAAAACCAGAAAAUCUUCUUUACUACCAUCCUGGGGCAGACUCCAAAAUAUUAGUCACUGAUUUUGGUUUAGCAAAAGCUGGAAACAAAGGCAGAGAUUGGUCUAUGAGGACAAUUUGUGGAACUCCAGAAUACAUUGCACCAGAAAUAAUUCUGAGAAAAUCUUAUAGUAAUGCUGUGGACAUGUGGGCACUUGGAGUUAUCACCUAUAUAUUACUGAGUGGGUCCAUGCCCUUUGAAGAUGAAAAUCGUACAAGACUUUAUAGGAUGAUCAUUAAAGGCAAAUAUAGCUAUUUGGGUGAUCCGUGGCCCAAUGUGUCCAACCUUGCAAAGGACUUUAUAGACCGUCUACUUACAGUGGAUUCUAAUGAUCGAUUAUUGGCGGCCGAUGCUUUAAACCAUCCCUGGAUUAAGACAAUGGCUGCAUCUUCAUCAAUGAAAAAUCUUCAUCGAUCUAUCUCCCAGAACUUGAGACGGAGAGUGUCUUCUCGGUGCCAUAGCUCCAAAUCAGAACAGUCGAUGAAGUCCGGCAAUUCAAAUCGUUCACGCAAGAUGAAAGAAAUACUAGAACGAAACCGACGUUAUCAAACACAUACUGUGCACAAUGAUGUCUUGUAAAUUCCCAUUUUGUAACUAUUUUUUACCACACUAAGAUGUAAUUAGAAAUAUUUGUUGAUGUACAUUUGUAAUGAAUUUGAUUAGUCAAUUUGCUGUGAAUUUGUCAACCCUGUAAAACCAACAUUCCCUCUGAUCACUAUUUAUAAGCAGUCAUAGCAAUGGCACAGUUCUGAAAAGUUUCAUUAAUACCAAAUCGCACAAUUUGUAUAGUAACAAACGGCACUUAAUGCAGAUGUUUCGGUUGUUGUAACAUUCCCGAACAUUCCCAACGAUUUCAUGGUUGGUCUGGUCACAAGCAAUGCCAAGAUGUGACAUAGCAAACAACAUUUUUUUCAUACAGAAAAUCUCAAAAAAAAUAAAUAAAUGCUUGUACGGAAUCCACUAUAAAAUCUUUUACCUACAUAUGUGAUGCCUUAUUUAGAAAACCGCAUAUAGUUACAGUAACCAUGAUGAUAACAAUAUUUUAACAUAUGUAUAUGCAGUUCUAGUUAAAUUAAAAAUCACUCUUGUAAGUAGCUUACAGAAAAUGAAAACAUAUAGUGAAUUAUAUUCUCUAAAAUUUUACAUUUUGGAAAAUGUUGACAGACUAGUAAUCAUUUUUGAGUUUUAUUGAAAAAGAUGUUGAAGUCUACUGGUACAUUUUAAAGUCUAG